CUCUGGAGUACUCAUCAUCAUCAGUCAUCAGUGUAGUGUAGUGUAGUGUAGUGAGCAAACUUUAUUGUGUGCUUGCUUGCUUCCCUUGUACUGUCGGCCCAUUUCUCCACCUCCCCAGUCCAUCCAUCCAUCCAUCCAUUACCCAGCAAGCAAGCAUUGCCUUCCCUCUCCCCCGGAGCGGAGAGCCGCCCGCCCGCCCGGCCUCCCAUGGCCACCUCCUCCCGCUCCGUCCCGCACUGACGUGACGCCGCCGAGGGAUUGAGGACCCAAGACCUCCAGCUGGAGGAAGAGGAGUCGGAAGGAGCGGCCGCGCGCCCUUCGCCAAGACUUGCGUCGUCGGGUGGCCCGGCCCUUCGCCGGCGACGACAAGCACCCACCACGUACGCCCGCCACCUCCUCCUCCCCUUCAUGCCGCACCCCAAACCCUAAUGUUGCUGAGGAGCAGCGAUGUCGACGACUGGCGAAAUCCUGCGGACGGAGCUAUCUUCCAGGACACCGCCGUUCGGCCUGAGGCUAUGGAUUGUGAUUGGUAUCUGCAUCUGGGUGGCGAUCCUGUUCAUCCUAGGCUUCAUGUGCUUCUGGUCCAUAUACCGGAGGAAGCCCAGCAAGUCGUCCUUCGACAGUACCAAUACCAUCCCGGUGUCCCAGAUUCCGGACGUCUCCAAGGAGAUUGCGGUGGACGAGGUGCGUGAGCACGCUGCUGUCCAGAGCUUCCAUGUGCACGAGAGCCGCACACUGGCGGUGGCGGUGCAGGAGAAGCACUGCGAGAAGAAGGAUUCUGGGAAAAUGCUGGGGCACCUGGUCAGGAGCAAGUCGAGUGACGCUGAUAAUCUGAGCCAGUGCAGCUCGGCGUACCAGUGCGAGAAGGCUGCAAGCUCAUAUUCUGGUGAUGAAGGCAACUCGGGCAAUGCUAUCGCUAGGAGGCAGUACUCUCAGUAUCCAACUGUCUCCGCGUCUCCGUUGGUUGGUCUCCCCGAGUUUUCGCACCUAGGAUGGGGCCAUUGGUUUACUCUCAGGGAUUUGGAGCAUGCGACGAGUCGGUUCUCUAAGGAGAAUGUCAUUGGGGAAGGUGGAUAUGGCAUUGUUUACCGGGGUCGACUCAUUAAUGGGACUGAUGUUGCAAUUAAAAAGCUUCUUAAUAACAUGGGUCAGGCAGAAAAGGAGUUCAGGGUUGAAGUUGAGGCAAUUGGGCAUGUCAGGCAUAAGAAUCUGGUCCGCCUUCUAGGAUAUUGCGUCGAGGGUAUCCACAGGAUGCUUGUGUAUGAGUAUGUGAAUAAUGGGAACUUAGAACAGUGGCUUCAUGGUGCAAUGCGUCAGCACGGUGUUCUUACUUGGGAGGCCCGGAUGAAAGUCAUUCUUGGAAUUGCCAAGGCGCUUGCUUAUUUACAUGAAGCCAUAGAACCAAAAGUUGUACACCGUGAUAUCAAAUCGAGCAAUAUUUUAAUUGAUGAAGAAUUCAAUGGCAAGCUUUCUGAUUUUGGAUUGGCCAAGCUCUUGGGUGCUGGGAAGAGCCAUAUCACAACUCGAGUUAUGGGAACAUUUGGGUAUGUGGCUCCUGAGUAUGCCAAUACUGGUCUGUUAAAUGAGAAGAGCGAUGUCUACAGUUUUGGGGUGCUACUACUGGAAGCAGUGACUGGGAGGGAUCCAGUUGACUAUGGUCGGCCUGCUAAUGAGGUUCAUCUGGUGGAGUGGCUGAAAAUGAUGGUUGGCACUAGAAGAGCGGAGGAGGUAGUGGAUCCCGACAUGGAGUUGAAACCAGCGAUUCGUGCUCUGAAGCGCGCACUUCUAGUGGCACUGAGGUGUGUGGACCCAGAUGCUGAGAAAAGGCCCACUAUGGGUCAGGUUGUUCGGAUGCUCGAGGCAGAAGACGUCCCAUCACGGGAGGACCGCCGGAGCCGGAGGGGCCACAGCAACAACGCAGACAGCGAGUCCAAGGCAAGCUCAAGCGAGUUUGAGAUAAGCAGUGAUCGAAGAGAGUUAGGACCGUCAUCGAGGUUCCAGCCCUAACUCCCUGUCAGAGAGCACAGCAGAUCACCAGGUUCAAGAACUCGGUUUCAGUUCAGUUCGCCGGGUUGUCUCUUGCUGGCUCGCUCAUGCAUUCAGUGGGCCGUUCGAAAGAUUGACCUAUUUGUGAAUCCGCGCUGGUUUUCACACUGGCGGGGCUUUGGAUGGUGGUAAUGGUUGUUGGUACUGGCUUUGGAUGGUGGGCAUUGGUUGGUACUUGUUAGAGAUAUAGGAAGGACAUGGACAUUGCAUUUUGUACUGUAGGUAUUACCUUUCCUUGGUGGUAGCCAGCGUAGAGGGCAGAGUUGGAUCGAUUCCCUGGGAGAUUGAGACUUGUCGUGGUUCCUAUUCGUGUUCUGUUUGUCUAGCAGCUUGUACAGAAACUUUAUUAUUGUCUGGUUCUUGGUUAGGAUUCAUGGCGAGUAGAAAAGAUAGUCGGCUCUUUCCUGAUGUGAUCAGUGGCUUGAAGGUUGAAGCGUCAACCUUUUCGUAUCCGGUAUUCAUUUCCAAUGGAAUCUAUGCUGUUCAUUUAUGUGAAA